AUAGUGAAGUCGGCAUGUCUUAAUGAGAAGCAAGUCUGUCACAACUGACACAAACUAAUAGACAGCAUUUUGUUUAUCAUUCAUUAUAGGAUUUUUUUCCAGUGUUACCUGUAUCCUGCCCUUCCGUUUCCAAAUUUGUGGUGGACACAGAGGAAGCAUUCGUGAACCAUUCCGUACCUCUGCGACAGACCUAAGAGCCAACAAGAUACUUCUUAAAUUCAAUGUGUUGCAGGCUGGCUAUUCUUCAUGUCACGAGCACAUGGACUGGCAUAACCGGGAACAGAUCUUUUAAAAGUCCGCACAGCUACGGGCGCGUGGACCCAAAGCGCAAAGCAGAGUAUGGGACCCCCUCAGCACACUUGAAACGGACAAAACACCAAAUGAACUCCGCCGCAUUCUGCACAUUCCCGCCUUGUUUGUGGACAGUAUAACGUGCCUAUCUGUCGUCUUGUGAGAUGUGACAGUGAUUUUUACAAAAUAUUUUGUAAUGAUCUUAAUCCAGCUUCUUGGAAUCUUUCCCUGACUGAGUAGCUAAUUAACAGUGAAAGUUUCUCCGGCGCACUUUGUGCGUCGCAACUUCAGGCUGAUGAUUUGAAGAAAAACUGGUGCCUGUCACUGAAUUGAUCUCCUGAAGCAAUGCAGAGAUUUCGGCAGAAAGUUGUGGGACUGUUGAUAGUUCUCUUGACUCUUUCCUUUUUGACAGCGAGAGGGCUCCCCAUGAAGAAGCACAGGACCGGUAGCUCCAAACCCAGGGGUGCGUCCACGGAGGUCAAAGGUGAGGGCGGUGGCGGUGGUGGUGGUGAUGGCGGCGGCGGGGGUCGGGAUGUGCGUCACAUGCUCCGGAGCCUGCAGGAGCAGAACCAGCUGCGGUCCGAGCCGCUCUCGCCGACCCGCCGGCACAGACGCAGGUGGUCGCACCUCCGCUCGGACGCCUCGCUGCCCAAACCCGCGCCGCAGGAGGAGGAGCCCUUCGUCCUGGACCUGAAGAACUUUCCGGACCUGGCCAAGGACCUGGGCUCACAGAACCCCAACAUUCAGGUGACCAUCGAGGUGGUGGACAACCCCCAGAUGGAGAUCGAGAUGGACCUGGCCAAGGAGAGCCGCAACGACUGGUCCUUGUCGUCCGAGGACUGGCAGGGCCACAGGAAGCUGUUCUGGCCGCUGUUCUGGGAGUACCACGACCCGGCGGAGGACAGCCAGGGCCAGGGCAGUCUGGAGGACAGCGGCGAGGACUACUCCAUCGAAGGGGACGACACCGUGCUCAGCGGGGUCGGAGGAGACUGGGAGAACAGGUGGAAGGGCUGGUAUUCCAAAGACAACUAUGAGUACGAGGAGGAGGAGUGGAGUGAAUGGUCACCCUGCAGCGUCACCUGUGGCCAUGGCAACCAGAAGAGAGUUCGUUCCUGUGGCUACGCCUGCACGGCAACAGAGUCCAGAACGUGCGACCUCGAGAGGUGCCCAGAUGACCUAAAUGCAGUGACGGAGCUUAUGCCUAUCGCCAUGGACAACACCACCCAGUCUUUUGGCACAGAUGUGGACAGCUGUGAGAAGUGGCUGAACUGCAAGAACGACUUCCUGCAGAAGUACCUGCACCAGGUGCUGACGGAGCUGCCCAGCUGCCCGUGCUCGUACCCGUCCGAGGCCGUCUACAGCACGGUCAACAUCUUCGACGAGGCGCUGCGGAAGACGUUCCGCUGGCGCGACGCCAGCGGCCCCAAGGAGCGGCUGGACAUCUACAAGCCCGGCGCCCACUUCUGCGCCCGCUCCAUGCUGUCGUUCGACAGCACCACGCUGGCGGCGCAGCACUGUUGCUACGACGACCACAUGAAGCUCAUCACGCGCGGCAGGGGAGCCGGCGCGCCCGACCUCAUCAGCACCGAGUUCUCGCCCGAGCUCCACUACAAGGUGGACGUGCUGCCCUGGAUCCUGUGCAAGGGCGACUGGAGCCGCUUCCACUCCGUGCGGCCGCCCAACAACGGCCUGCGCUGCUCCGCCAACCCGGCCGAGACCGUCUACUUGAGCGAGCUGGAGGAGGCCCGCGAGUACUGAGCUCAGCCUCGCUAGGGAGGCAGGGGAGCGAGGGAGGGAGAGAGGGAGAGAGGGAUGGAGGGAUGGAGGGAGGUAAGGGGGGAUGUUGGACGGCUGAGUCGUUUGUCAAAGAGAAGGGGAAAAAAACCUCGCCACCGUCCAAUAGAGAGACAAAUUGCGCCCCGCUAAUUGUGCGGGGGUGAGUUCGUCAACGGAGCACAGGGGCCCAGUGACGCCAUUGGGAGGCUUCUGGGACCCAUUUCCCUCUUUUUCUUAUUGCUGUUUCAAAAUGAGCGGCGUUAGAUCCCACUGUCUCACACAUCAACACUUCGGCUGGAGAGGCAGUCUGCGUAGUCUGGCGCUGCUCGCCGAUCCAGCCCUGUAAUUUAUGUCCGAGGCUUGGAGCUGUGGUUGGGAUAAACCAUACACUGUUUAUGCACAUCUUAGCUGAAAUAACACUGGGUUAGAAAGC